AUGGCCAAACAGGCCACGACUGCCGAUCUAUCAUCAUCUGAUUACAAUGAUGAAACAUCAUCUAUAGAAGAUCAACAAAGAAAAUCAUCAAAAAGAAGAACUAAAAAAAAUUCAAUUACAAAUUAUGUUACAGAUCUAUUAACUCAACAUGGAAAAAAUACUGGUGAACAUAUUGAUUUAACACAAACUCAAGUAGAAAUUAGUACAAAACCUAAUAUUGAUCGAGAUUAUGAAAAUGUUUCAGCUUUUCGACCCUAUCUAUAUGAUACUAAAGCUAAAAAUAGAACUAAUGUACAACGAUCAGGUGGACAAAGUCCAUAUAGUGAUGAAGAAUUUCGAAGUCCUUUACCAACACGACACGCAACUAGUUUAGAUGAUUCAAUGGCAGACUUAAAUUUAGAUCCAAAUCCAAUUCAUGAAGAACGUGAAAGUCAAGAACAAGUAUAUAGACAAAGAGUUUUUUUACGUCAAUUACAACCACCAACACCACAGCCAAUUGAAGUUCAAAUUCAAGAAGUUUUAAUUAAACCAGAAAUUCAAAAACCACCAAUUCAUGUUCAUAUUGGUCAACGUGAACCUCGAACUCCUCCACCAAUAACUAUUAAAACUCAACCACCACCACCUCCACCAAUUGAAUCAAAUCAACCAAUUAUUUACAAUAAAUAUCUUCCACCACCAAAACAACCACCACCACAGAUAAUCAUUCAUCGUUAUCCUGACAUGCCACCAAAGCCGCGUCCUAUUAUUGUUGAACAAUGGUUACCUUAUAAACCUGCACCAAAACGAAUUAUUAAACAUUCUUUACCACGUGAAGCUCUUCAAACACCACCAUCUCCACAUAAUUUAAUUAUUUCCUAUUCGAAACCACGUGCACUUAUUGAAGUUGAACUUGUUCGUUUACCAGUUGUUAAAAUUGAUCCUCAAGUAUAUGAACAAAUGAGUGCUGGUGGACAACAACAAUUAAGAGAACAUCCAACAUUUCAACAUGAACAAGAUUAUCUAGUAGGAAAUAGAUCAUCAAGUACAACUCAUGAUAGUAAUCAACUUGAUUGGCGAAUUUAA